AUGAACUCAGCUGACACAUCAGAUAGACUUUGGUGCACUGAGGCCUUAGCCGAGUCGAUUCCAUUAGGCGAAUUCGACUGGCCUCGUCUCUCUUCUCUUUGCCCGGCGUUAUUACGGCUGCCUCUCUUGUCAAGUCACUUCAUCAUCUCCUCUGUUUUCUCCCUCGCUCCAUUUCACUUACUCUUUGCCAUCCUCGGGACCGCCCACUCCGUGACAAUGGUCCCAGUUCUGCAUAAACCCCGGCCUCCUCUUUCAGUCGCCCCCUUUUCCAACCGCCUUUUGCCCCAUUUCCUGUCGGCCACGCUAUUCCCUACAGCCUCCAACCAGUUCCGUCAGCACUCGUCAGAAGCAUAA